AAUUAAUUAAUUAAUUAAUUAACGAUAAGUCGAUAUCCUCCUCCCUUUAUAAAACGAAUUAUUGAUUUUUUUGUGACUUACUCCAUAUUUCUUUAUAUCCCUCCUUAUUUUCCUUAUUUCUCUAUUUCUCUAUAUUUUUUGUACGAUAAAAAAGAUUAAAAGUAUCGUUCCUAAUUAUACCCUCUUUAAUAAAUAAUGUAAAAAAAUGCCUCCUUCUACUUUAUCCGAUUGUAGUGGGAGUUUAUCAUUCACGAAACUAUUAUGUCGUGUAAGUGGUUCUCAAUUAUGGGUUUAUUAUACAGCAAUAAUAAUUUGUAUUGUUGUAAGUUUAUUUGCCCUCUCCGUUUUAUUAUAUAAAUAUUUUCACGACAAAUCUCCUUUAUGGGGCGAUCAUCUUUUCGAACCCAUAACUGGAUUCCUUUUUUGGGUUACCAUACAUUCGUUAUUCAGGGCUCUGGACUUGACUAUUGUGGCCAUUGACCUGUUCCCUUAUAGCAUCAUAUUUGAAAGUUUUAUAAAUUAUGCCGGUUGGACUUGUGGUCAAUUUGCUAUCGUGACUUAUAUCGCGGGAACUUUUAAAGCGAUACCAAAACUAGCCUUCCAUCGUCCAACGGACAUUCGACAUGGUAGGGAACCAUUAAUUCCAGGUCAUAGAACAGUCCUGAUAGUAUAUUGGGGAUAUAUUAUAUAUAUUGGAGUGAUUGUUACGGUUUUUUCAUGUCUUAAGGGAUAUGCCGUACAAAAGGAAAAUUUAAUACUAUAUAAAUUAACACAAGGAAUCCUACUUAUUAGUUUAAGCAUUGCCAAUAUUAUUUGUAUAUUGGGUUUAGUUAAAUAUGGAAGAUUCUUGGUUGUUUUGACAACCGAAAGUGUUAGAUUGGUGAGUAGUGGAGAAGAAAAACAACAAACUCAUAAAACCCAUUUAAAAAAGUUAAAGAUUAUUAAUUUUGCUUUAACGGCGAUUGUGACUUGGUCUUCUAUCAUUUGUAUUACAUGGGCUGUUGUAAUAUUAGCCUACUCAAAAUCAUCUUAUGCGUUGAAGUCUUCGCCGGCAUCUUUAUUUACCAUGAUACUAAGUUUUACGACACAUAUUGGUUAUUCUAUUACGAUGAUGGCCUCUAUUCUGGCUAUUAUUCAUGGCGAAUUAUGUCCAAAAUAUAUGGGUAAUACGGAAAUUUUAAGUUUUGUUACUACUUGCUCAGAUAGUAAUGAAAUUGAAGGUUUCGGCGGUGUUGGCAAUAUUAACCAUAGUAUUACAUGAAUUUAAAUGAUCAUAAGAAUUACAAAUGAAGUAUAAAGUUUAUGUGGUUCUUGUUUGUUUUUAAUAAAUAAGAAUGUUUUUUUUGUAAAAAAAUAAUUAAUUCGUGAUUCGUGUGUCAAUUGCACGGUGCAAAUUUAUGUCGAUCAUUAGUAACAUUCCUUAAAGUAUGAACCCAACAUAUUUUAAUAUAUAAAUAUUUAUCCUAAAGUUUCAAAUAUUUUAUCUUUUAAAAUAGUUUUUUCACUUUUAUUUGUCACCCUUUUUCUGCAUGAAUCACGAAUUAACCUUUUUUAUUCUUUGCAAAUAAACUCAGGAUAAUGACAAAUUUGACAAAUUGUCUCCCGCGUCGCACUUCUCUGUUGUGAUCUGCAGGGAUUUCGUUAUACA